AUGGCAGAAGAGCAGGAUAGUCGAAGGGCCUCGUUAUUUCCAGCGCCUCCGACCUUUUAUACACACUUCACACCUGCGAAUCAAGAGAAACUAAAGGAGUUUCAGGCUGCUGCAAAGAACGAUGAGGACGAGAACGCGUCGAAGGAGUUACCGGCAGAACUGGUGUGCUUGAUUCCACCGAAGCCGCCGACAGAAAAGUACCAAAGUUUUGGACAGAUUUGGACUCUACCAGAACGACAUCCCACACUUAAAGAACUCAACAUCCCACAAUUGUUUCCGGAACCGAACAACGAGAGUUACAAUGUGGAUCGGGCACAGGAGUUACGACGACUGAGCAAGAGUUUACUACUGAAUUACCUGGAACUGGUGGGAAUCAUGGGCAUGUCGCCGGAAGAGUACGCAGAAAAGGUGUAUCAUCUGAGAAUCCAUUUGAUCAACAUCCACGAACUUAUCAAUAACUACCGACCGCAUCAGGCGAGGGAGACCUUGAUUUCCAUGAUGGAAGAACAACUGGAGAAGUCGCGACAAGAGACGGAGGAUAACAGGAAGGCUUGUGCGAAGCUUAAAGAGCUGUUGGGGUCGCUGAGUACCUUUGAUGCUGGGGGACUUUUGACAUCGGAUACCGCUACUUCUGCUGACACUGUCACCUCUGCCACCUCUGCCACCGCCACUGUAACCACUGCUACCACUAUUCCGAGUGGUAAUUGGGAAGAGAAGGAUAGCUCAAGCUGGGAGGCACUACAACAGGCAGGUCUCUAA